AUCUCAGAUUUGGCCCAAACUUUCUUCAUGUUUGACUUUUGGAAGCACUAAACGAAAUUACUUUUUGGCGCUCCAGAAAUUCUGAAAUAUCAUUGAAAUUAAUAUAAAUACAGGAUACUUUGGAGACUAUUGUAACAGCACAAUAAAUGCUAUAGAGUGGGGAAAAAUUCAAGAAGUUAAAAGAGUGCAACAAAGGCAAGGUCUUUCAGUCGUUUGAGACAAUUGCAGAUCCGAACUCUAUACAUGGGGAAAGUGAUUGAGUUGUAUGGUUCUUAUGGCUCUCAAAUGCCUGGAAAGGACUAUCGUUACAUGCAGCUUAAAGAUGGUGAACGUAUCACAAAAAUAAUAAUAAGGCAUAAUUGCAUUGUCGACGGAAUAGAGUUUGUCAUAGCUAUGCCACACGGGGAUACCACCUUUGAGAAGCUUGGUGGAAAUGGCGGCCACGAGUCUACGAUUGAAUUGCUUGAUGGUGAGUCCCUAACAAGAAUUACUGGGACAUAUGGAUAUUGUAAAGGUCUAAAGCAAGACACAAUUGCGUCUUUGAAGAUAUACACCAAUUUAUGUAAAGGUGGGUAUGGAACAUAUGGACAAUCAUGGGAAAUUGAACAUGAAUAUAAAUUUUCAUCACCGGACCUUAGUGAUAGCCUUAUUGUCGGAUUUUUUGGAACGUACAACAACUAUCUCUUGUCCAUUGGAGUUAUUUUGGAAAAGAAGCAAGUUACUGAAGUAAAUGGACCUUAUGGUUCUCAGUUGCCACAAAACUAUGAUAUGCAACUUGAAGAUGGUGAGUGUGUCAGAGAAGUUAUAAUAAGACAUGGGUUCGUUGUGGAUGCAAUCGGGUUCCUGAUUGCUAAGCUAGGUGGGGGUACCACAACUAAGAUUUUUGGUGGUGAUGGCGGAGAGGAAUCAAAGAUUGUACUUAAGGAUGGUGAGUACCUAACAAGAUUUAGUGGAAAACAUGGAUGCGACAAAGACUCCAAACAAUGCAUGGUUGCCAUGUUAAAGAUACACACCAAUAUAUGUCCUACGGGAUAUGGACCAUAUGGAUUAGGAAGAGAGGUUGAUAAUUUGAUUGAUUUUUCAUCUCCGCUCCCACCUGAAGGUCCUAUUGUCGGAAUUUUCGGAAGAUACAACAAUUAUCUGGAGUCUUUAGGAGUUGUGAGUAAGGGGCAAGUGAUUGAGUCGUAUGGGCCUUAUGGUCCUAAGUUGCAAAAAAACUAUUGCAUGCAACUUGAAGAUGGUGACCGUAUAAAAGAAGUAAGCAUAACGCAUGCACAGAUUAUAAAGGCAAUAGAGUUUGUGAUAGCUAAGCCAGGAGAGGAUGCCACUACUGUAAUAUUCGGAGACAAUGGCGAAGACAAAUCCAAGAUCGUACUCAAGGAUGUUGAGUUCUUAACAAGAAUUAGUGGUACAUAUGGAUACGAUAAAGAAAGAGAUAUAGAAUGUAUUGCCACACUCAAGAUACACACCAAUAUAUGUCCGGCAGGAUAUGGACCAUAUGGAUCAGGAUUGGACGAUGUUAAAACUGAAGUUGAUUUUUCAUCGCCACAUCUAAUUGAUGGUCCUAUUAUCGGAGUUUUUGGAAGAGCAAACACUGUUAUAGAGUCCAUUGGACUUCUCUACAAAAAGGGGCAAGUGAUCGAUUCGUACGGGCCGUAUGGUUCUCAGAUGCUUCAAAAUUAUCGCAUGCAGCUUAGAGGUGAUGAACGUAUCAGUGAAGUAAGAUUAACGCAUGGAUAUAUUGUGAACGCAAUUGGAUUUGUAAUAGAUAAGCCACAAGUGGGUUCCACUACUGUGAACUUUGGUGGCAAUGGGCAACAGGAAUCUAAGAUUAUAUUCAAGGCUCGUGAGUUCGUAACAAGAAUUAGUGGGACAUAUGGAUAUGAUGGAGAUCAAAAGCAAGUAGUUAUCGCCACAUUGAAGAUGCACACCAAUUUACGCCCGACAGGAUAUGGCCCAUAUGGAUUAGGAUCGAAUGUCAAUAAUAUACGUGAAUUUACAUCGCCGCUUCUAAAUGACGACCCUAUUGUUGGUGUUUUUGGAAGGCACUAUACUGGUAACCUCGAAUCUAUCGGAGUUCUCUUGAAAAAGGAUUUCCCAUCCUCUUAAUUAUGCUAGUUGAAGUGUAUGACUACUAAUAUCUUCCACCUUUCAAAUACCAAAAUGCAAUGGUGCGUAUGAUGAAUUAUUAAGGUGCUUUCGUGAUGGGCUAUAUCGAUGGAAUUGACUGCUUCUGACAAGCUAUAUAUGUAACAUGUGUACUAGGAGUGGCCUCUGAAGUGAGAUAUGUAAAUUGUAAUCACAUUCUUGACUUAGUAUUGCUUGUGUUGAUAAUGUUUGCAAGGUGUAUUAAUUACUAGUAGUGCUUUAUGCGUUAUGAUGUCAUGAAAACAAUGAAGUGGAGUUCUUGACUUCGAACUCCAUUUGUAAGGAAGUUCAUGAAAGGAACCACUAGUAGAAAAAUGAGGAUUUGCGUC